CAGGAAUGCGUCAUAGAGCCUCCCCCGCCAUACGUGUGUUCCAUUUAAUCAUUCACCCGUACGGGGCUCUUUCCAUAUAACUGGGUCCCCUACAAGUGUACUUAAAUGCAGGUGAGCCAUGCAGAUGCAUUCCCCAAACAGAUGUACCCCGCGCCAAAGUGCCUCAGCCAGGUGUUUGUAACCAUGCAGGUGUGUUCUAUACAGCUGUUUUCCACACAGGUGUGUCCCACACCAGUGUUUUUUCAUUAGAGGCUCCCCAUCCCGGUCUGCCCCAGACAGGAGUGCCUCACACAUCGGUGACUCCAUGCCCCGUGUGUCUCCACACCUGGACGAUUCUACAGAUGUACCUGCAGUGCAGGUGCGUCCACGGCGCGGACCCGCCCCCGCUUGGCCCCGCCCUUUCAUCUAGGCUCAGGUGCACAAGCCGGAAGUGCGCUCACCUCCAAGGUGAGUGACUAAACUUUCCGGGUCACGUGAGCCGGCGGAGCUGGAAGAGUCCGACCGAGCCACUGACCGACGGAUCGAGGGUUCGAGCGAGGGACCGGGAUCGGGACCCUGAGCGGGGUCGAAGACGCCCGGGCCAGCCCCCAGGUGCGGGGUCGAAGGUACCCCCCCCAACCGCCCGAGAUGCGGUAGGAGCGGCGCGCGCGACAAGCCCUGUCCCCUGUGCCACCAGCCCGUCACCCGGCCCAUGGCGAGCCCCGGCCUGGGGCUGCUCUUGGCACUCGGCCUGCCGCUGCUGCUGACCCUCUGGGGCCGGGUCUGGGGGCAAACACCGGAGCCCACUGUAAGUGAGAACAGCACAAUUACACCCUCUGGCCCCAGCCCUGGCUCCAAUGGGGCCCUGUCGCAGGAAGCCACCAUUGCUAUCAUCGUGGUCUUCUCCCUGCUGGCCGCCCUGCUCCUGGCCGUGGGCCUGGUACUUCUGGUGCGGAAGCUUCGGGAGAAGCGGCAGACGGAGGGCACCUACCGGCCCAGCAGCGAGGAGCAGUUCUCCCAUGCAGCCGAGGCCCAGGCUCCCCAGGACUCCAAGGAGACGGUGCGGGGCUGCCUGCCCAUCUAGGUCCCCUUCCUCUACCCAUCACCCUUCCUGGCUGUGUGACCUUGGGGGAAGGCAGAGACCUCUCUGGGCAAUCAGACACACCCAGCGCUUAAGAAUAGAAGGGAAGAAGGUGCUUCAAAGACUCUGCCUUUGAAGAAAAGGGAGACUGAGGCUGCUUACUUUAUAUAUAUCUAUACAAUGGGUAGAGCGGUGUAAUAAAACCUUUUUGUGAGCUGGUGGGGGCAGGAGUUAGCCUAGAUGGAGGAGACACAUAGGCUGUUGAGAGAUGAAUUGUAAGGUCUCUAGGGUCCUAGGGGCUGGGAGGGCUUCCUGGAAGGGAAAGGCUUUUAGCUGCACCUAAGAGCCAGCCGGAGGCUGCUUUGGGAGGGAAGGUGGGGAGCGGGGUGGGUGUCUGAGCAGAAACAGGGCUCCCAGGUAAACCCACCAGGAAAAGCAAGCUUUGGGCUCUUGCAGCUUUAUUGAGGGGCCAGAGUCUCCUCCAGACCCCUGAUGCUUAACCUUCAAAACACUUUUUAAGCUCAGCAACCCUGGGCCGGCUCCUGGCCUGGAGCCCCCGCCAGUUCCCAGCAGGAGGAUCAGGGGACCUGGGCGCUCCCGGCUCCUCGUGGGGCUGGAGGUGCGUGCGCUCUGGGAGCAGGACUUCCGAAGGCUGGGCUCUGGGGUUCUGUGGGGAACCGGGGUCCAAGAAAGAAUCAAGGACUUGGGAUGUCCAGGUAAUAUCCGAGUCGGGCUUUGUGGGGGUCAGCAGUGGGGGGCUUUCUCGAGGGCUGGGUGCUGUGGAGAGCUGGGAGCAGGGACUCUCCUGGGCUGUGGGAUCCUGGGUUGCCUCGUGGGGGGGGGAGAGGCGUAGAGGCUGGGGCUCUGUGAGAGAGGAGCUGGGGUCCCCUUUGCUGCUUGGGUCUGCAGAAGCUGUCGAAGACCGGGACGGAGAAAUGAUUUCUGGGCUGGCCUCUGAGGGCAGCUGGGAAGUGGGGUGCUUCGAGGCGCUCGUGGCAUCUGAAGGCUGGGGGGUGUGCAGAGGCGGCAGGCCGACAGAAAGGGACAGGGGCUGGGGCCCUGGUGGUUUCUCGUCAUCUGCUUGCCAUCUCCAUCUCCCUGGUAUGUCGGGCUGGGUGGGGAUGGGGAGAUGGGCGCGUUGCUGGCCUUUAAAUGAAGGAGGGGCCGGCAGGUUGGAUGAGCAAAUGGGGGAGGGCUGAGGGGGCUCUCACCAGGCUGUGGCAGCAAUCCAAACUCUGGCUUGGCCGCAGGCUGCUGUUCCGGGUGGCCGUCACGCUCAGACUAUCCAGAAUCUCGCUCAGCAAGUCCAGUUCUUCUCCGGACCCAAGGAAGCUGCCAUCCAGAGCUUCCUCUGCCAACGGUCCCUGGGCAUCCUCGGGGCUCAGAGAGGGUGUCCUGGGUGAGGAUGGGCAGCCUCAGAUAUCUGCCCCAGACCAGCUGCUCUGAAGGGUCUGGAGUUUUGGGGCCCACUUCCCCAGGAGUCCCGGCCCCCCACUUCCAACAUUGCUCCCUCCCUCUGCCUUGGAGUCUUACUCCUCCCCCAGGGACUCAGAAGGUCUCUCUUCCCGCUGGAGUCUCCUGCUGGGGCGAAGGGGCCGGUUCUGCAAAGGAUAGAUUUGGGGGCUGGGGCCUCAGGAGCUACAGAAUCAGGGGGUUCUGUGAAGGGGGGAGUGGGCGCCCCAUUUUGGGGGUAGUCGAGAUGUCUGGCUGGAGACGGGAUGGGAGAAGGACUUGGUGAUAAGUCCAGGUACAUGCGUGGGCGCGGGGGCGGGGCUCUUACCUGUCCAAAGUGCUGGGUGAUAGGCAAGCGCUGCUGCAGGCAAUCUGAGCGGCUCGUGAGGGAAGGGGCCCUCAGGGAGCCCCCCCUCUGCAGGCCAGAGUCCCCAUCCUAGGAAGAGGGUGGGUGAGCCAGGAGCCCCUCCCCCCGCUGCCCCGCGGCGUUGGCUACCGGCUUUACCUUGUACGUCAGAAGGCUCUGCACACCCUUCAAGCCACUCUUCGCCUACGGAGGAGCCGAAAGAGACUGAGAAUCCAGAGCGAUCUGACCCUGGACAUUUGAGAACUCAGCCCUCCAUCCGCGAAGACUCUUUUGUCUUGCCAUCUGCUCAUGUGUGUCUCAAAAUAUAUUCAGGUUCCCCCGGUACCCCCUAAGAAGUCAAUACCAACUUGCCCCUUUGACUAACACAGAAGGAAUGUCACUGGAGGAGAUAACCCCCAAAUGAAACAGGGAAUGGCAAAGCCAGAACGUCGAAAAAGUGAGUCAGCGUUCAAAAGCCGAGCAAAGAAUAAAAUCCAGCAGACGACUGCGAGCUGUGGAAGUUGGUCCCAGGAAAAUCUGGGGCUUGGGGGAAAAACCAACCACAAGGGCAGAAGCUGGGAUUGUGGUGUCUCAGGACAAAAGAUGUUUGCCAAAGAAGCUUGCUUGUCAUUUUUAAAUAGGAAAGACCUGAUGCGACAAAAAUGAAUGAACACAGUCAAUGGAAAAUAAAACUAGGAAACAUGGUAAAUGA